UAAGGAACUCUGAGCAGACCACAGAAGGAGGUGGAGACUGAAGGGGCUGGGCUUUUUGCAGCCUGCCAGACCUCCCUCAGGAAGGAGGAAAAGGCACUGGGGGAAAAGACACACAGGCUCUUUCAGGACAGCUGAGCUUCAGUCUUCCUGGUACUGGCUACAUCCUGAUUCCUUCAGUAUGGUGGGCUUCAAUAGCAAUGAAUCCAGUGCCACAUAUUUCAUCUUAAUAGGCCUUCCAGGAUUGGAAGAGGUUCAGUUUUGGCUGGCUUUCCCUUUGUGUUCCCUCUACCUUAUUGCUGUGUUAGGUAACUUGACAAUCAUCUACAUUGUGAGGACAGAGCACAGCCUGCAUGAGCCCAUGUAUAUCUUUCUUUGCAUGCUUUCUGGCCUAGACAUCCUCAUUUCCACCUCAUCCAUGCCAAAAAUGAUGGCCAUCUUUUGGUUCAAUUCCACUACCAUCCAGUUUGAUGCUUGUCUGGUACAGAUGUUUGCCAUCCAUUCCUUGUCUGGCAUGGAGUCCACAGUGCUGCUGGCCAUGGCCUUUGACCGCUAUGUGGCCAUUUGCCAUCCUCUACGGCAUGCCACUGUGCUGACAUUGCCUCGUGUUGCCAAGAUUGGCAUGGCUGCUGUGGUCCGGGGUGCAGUACUAAUGGCACCCUUACCCGUCUUCAUCAAAAGGUUGCCUUUCUGUCGUUCCAACAUCCUUUCUCAUUCCUACUGCCUACACCAAGAUGUCAUGAAGCUGGCCUGUGCUGACAUCCGUGUCAAUAUCAUCUAUGGACUCAUUGUCAUCAUCUCAGCCAUUGGUUUGGACUCACUUCUCAUUUCCUUCUCAUAUUUGCUCAUCCUCAAGACUGUGUUGGGCUUGACACGUGAAGCCCAGGCAAAAGCAUUUGGCACUUGUGUUUCUCAUGUGUGUGCUGUUUUCAUCUUCUAUGUGCCUUUCAUUGGAUUGUCGAUGGUGCACCGUUUCAGCAAGAGGCGUGACUCUCUCCUGCCUGUCAUUAUGGCUAACAUCUAUCUGCUAGUUCCUCCUGUGCUCAACCCCAUUGUUUAUGGAGUAAAGACAAAGGAGAUCCGGCAGCGCAUUCUUCGUCUUUUCCUCGUGACCACACACACUUCAGAUCACUAGGAAACCAUGAUGAAACCUUCCUCCAUUCAAAGUUCUGUAACUCACACUUUAGUAUGAUAUCUUGGAAGACAGUAUUAAGAAAACAAAU